CGGCGGGCGAGGGGAUUCCGAUCCUUUUGACGAUAACAUGCCACCAUGCACCUAUGCACAAUAAAUUACUGAUACCCAACAUCGACAUACAGCUGAUUAAGAAGACAACGGUAUGGCUCAAAGGUGGAAGCAAUAGGAUGUCGAGCCUCGGACAGUAUGUCAGUGUCCGAGAUAUGAGCAUCUCCAAAGCAUGUCUUUGCCAUGUCGACGAAGCACGGGAAGGGGUGAGCCAAUUGCAUUACAGACUGAAGGCUGGGGCUUGCGGCGCGGAGUCGUCCUGGGAGGUAUCAAAGGUCGUCAGUGCUUCUUAUCACAUUCAAGUCGUCAUCAAGCCGCCCUCCAUGGCCUCUAAAUUUCUGCCCUUUUACCGGCGGAAUAUAACGGUACAACUUACUACGGACCACUGGGGAACUUGGGAUACUGAGAUGCUGGCAAUGGAUGGGCUACCGGUGCCCGCACUGGGAUUGGCCCAGGAAUCAAGGGAUGUCUUCAGCUGCAUAUAAUUCUUCAGGAUGUCCAUGCUUUCUUUAUUACGAGUCUUCCUCUCUAAGGGGGCGGUCCCUCCAUAGAGUCACAACAGCUAUAAUCAUGAUGAUGAACGUGCAUUUGCUUUUAGUCUCCAAACUCUGUAAUUGUAUCGUAUGGGAAUAUUAGUUGGACGAACCUUCACUUCAUAUAUCUCCG